CAGCUGCUUUCAACAAAGCAGAAGGGCAUGAAGAUUUCAUAAUUCAUAAGCGUGUUGGUCUUCUCUCUAUUUUUCCUCUCUUGACCGUGUUGUCGUUUUUCAAGUAGUGGUAUUGCUUGCCUGGCUGUGGAACUAAUUUAUCGCCGGCUUCUUGGGAUAAUCUUUAGCCAUGGCAGUUGAGGGCUGUUGUUCUUGUAUCAAGUACAGCCUUUUCCUUUUCAACUUCGUAUUCUUCCUUGGUGGUUUGGCCAGCGCUGGAGCAGGCAUUUACUCUCUGGUCCACACCCAUGGCGACUACGCUGUGGUAAUCGACAAUGCCAAUGGGACAUACGGUGGUUUCCUGGUCACCGUCGGAGUCCUGAGCUGUAUCCUGUCCGCGGCUGGCUGCCUUGGCGCUCUCAAAGAGCACCGUUGUGCCUUGAUUUUCUAUGGCAUUGUCUUGAGCAUUAUCUUCCUGUUGGAACUAUCGGCUGCCGGUGUCGGCGUGGCUUACCGUAAAGACCUGAAAUCCAUAGUUGACAAGGGAAUGCUGAAGACUCUAGACAAGUAUGACUCUUCUGCCAAUGGAAAUCUAGAGAAGUCUUGGAAUAAGGUACAGAUCAACCUGAAAUGCUGUGGUGUGGAUAGCAACACAGACUGGCAGAGGAACCAGUCCAAGUGGGGCAAAGACCACUUGGGCGUACCUAUCUUCCCAGCAUCUUGCUGCACGCACCCAGUGAGCGGCAUGUGCACACCAGUCGCCCAAGGUCUGCGCACGGACGGCUGUCUGUCGAGCGUCCUAGACACGCUGAAACACCGCUGGGCUGUACUUGUUGGCAUUGCUGCGGGCAUUGCCGUUGUUCAGAUCCUGGGAAUCAGCUGUGCAUGCGGUCUGCAGAGCCACAUCAAGCGCAACGACUACAGGCUUGUAUGAAGACCAGCAUGAUCUAAGUCAGUACAUGUUUCUGCUCCUCCAUUCAUUAUCCGACGUAUCCCUGCGAGCAUCCAUCCCUCUUGGUGUCCGAGGAUUUGAACGUGGUCAUCUAUCUGUAUUCAUGUAUUGCUGCGACAUCCUUUUUUAGGUUUUUAUAUCAUGUAUACGAGGCUGGCUGUUUUACGUUUUCAUUCAGGAUUCUCCUCUUCAGCACUUGACGGCUUUGCUUUGCCUUCUUCAUUGCAUCUUGUGUGUGCUCAGACAUUCCUUGGUCUUGAUCAGUGGCGCCUUUCUGUAGUGAUUUGAAGUAUUACCCAGCUGCACAUCCAGCACUUCCGUUUGUAGCAAUCUUAUUAAUAUGUUAGUUUUUGGACAAGCUCCAAAUGCUGUAUGUAGCAUUCAGUCCAAUGCUGUAUGUAGCAUUCAGUCCAAUGCUGUAUGUAGCAUUCAGUCCAAUGCUGUAUGUAGCAUUCAGUCAAAUGCUGUAUGUAGCAUUCAGUCCAAUGCUGUAUGUAGCAUUCAGUCCAAUGCUGUAUGUAGCAUUCAGUCCAAUGCUGUAUGUAGCAUUCAGUCCGCAGCCAUCUGUACUUGUUUAUUGAGUGCAUCGGAGAAAUCCGUUAACGA